AUGCUCCUGCGCGUCCUGCUCGCCCUGGCGUGGAUGGCGGACGCGGCGGCGGCCCAGCUCCACUACACCGUGCAGGAGGAGCAGGAGCAUGGCGCGUUCGUGGGCAACAUCGCCGAGGACCUGGGCCUGGACGUCACCAAACUUUCGGCCCGCCGCUUCCAGACGGUGCCCAACUCGCGGAGCCCGUACUUGGACGUGAACCUGGAGACGGGCGUGCUGUUCGUGAACGAGAAAAUCGACCGCGAGCAGAUCUGCCGCCAGAGCCCGGCGUGCGUGCUGCACCUGGAGGUCUUCCUGGAGAACCCGCUCGAGCUGUUCCGCGUGGAGAUCGAGGUGCUGGACAUCAACGACAACCCGCCCGCCUUCCCCGAGCCCGACCUCACGCUGGAGAUCUCGGAGAGCGCCACGCCGGGCACGCGCUUCCCGCUGGAGAGCGCCUUCGACCCGGACGUGGGCACCAACGCGCUGAGCGACUACCAGAUCACGCCCAACAGCUUCUUCUCGCUGGACGUGCAGACGCAGGGCGACGGCGGCCGCUUCGCCGAGCUGGUGCUGGAGAAGCCGCUGGACCGCGAGCAGCAGGCGGUGCACCGCUACGUGCUGACCGCGGUGGACGGGGGCGGCGGCGGCGGGGACGGGGGCGGCGGCGGCGGCGGGGCCGGCGGGGAAGGCGCGGGCACGGGCGAAGGCGGGGACGGCCCCGGCCUCCAGUCGCCGCCGCCGCAGCCACAGCGCACCGGCACGGCCCUGCUCACCAUCCGCGUGCUCGACUCCAACGAUAACGUGCCCGCCUUCGACCAGCCCGUGUACACCGUGUCGCUGCCCGAGAACUCGCCGCCCGGCACGCUGGUGCUGCAGCUGAACGCCAGCGACCCCGACGAGGGCGCCAAUGGCGAGGUGGUGUACGCCUUCAGCAGCCACGCGUCGGCCCGCGCGCGCGAGCUCUUCGGGCUGUCGCCGCGCACCGGGCGGCUGGAGGUGAGCGGGGAGCUGGACUACGAGGAGAGCCCGCUGCAGCAGGUGUACGUGCAGGCCAAGGACCUGGGCCCCAACGCCGUGCCCGCGCACUGCAAGGUGCUGGUGCGCGUGCUGGACGCCAACGACAACGCGCCCGAGAUCAGCUUCAGCACGGUGAAGGAGGCGGUGAGCGAGGGCGCGGCGCCGGGCACCGUGGUGGCCCUGUUCAGCGUGGCCGACCGCGACGCGGACGAGAACGGGCGCGUGCGCUGCGAGCUGCUGGGCGACGCGCCCUUCCUGCUCAAGCCGUCCUUCCAGAACUACUACACGCUGGUGACCGCCGCGCCGCUCGACCGCGAGGCGGGCGACGCCUACACGCUCACCGUGGUGGCGCGCGACGGCGGCGCGCCCGCGCUGGCCACCAGCCGCUCCAUCCGCGUGCGCGUGGCCGACGUGAACGACAACGCGCCGCGCUUCAGCCAGCCGCUCUACGACGUGCACGUGACGGAGAACAACGUGCCCGGCGCCUACAUCUACGCCGUGAGCGCCACGGACCGCGACGAGGGCGCCAACGCGCGCCUGGCCUACGCCAUCCUGGAGAGCCAGAUCCAGGGCAUGAGCGUGGCCACCUACGUGUCGGUGAACGCCGAGAACGGCUACCUGUACGCGCUGCGCUCCUUCGACUACGAGCAGCUCAAGGCCUUCAGCUUCCAGGUGGAGGCGCGCGACGCGGGCAGCCCGCAGGCGCUGGCGGGCAACGCCACGGUGCGCAUCCUGGUGGUGGACCAGAACGACAACGCGCCCGCCAUCGUGGCGCCGCUGCCGGGCCGCAACGGGACGCCGGCGCGCGAGGCGCUGCCGCGCGCCGCCGAGCCGGGCUACCUGGUGACGCGCGUGGCCGCGGUGGACGCGGACGACGGCGACAACGCGCGCCUCACCUACAGCCUGCUGCGGGGCAACGAGCUCAACCUGUUCCGCCUGGACUGGCGCACGGGGGAGCUGCGCACGGCGCGCCGCGUGCCGGCCCAGCGCGACCCGCAGCGGCCCUUCGAGCUGGUGGUGGAGGUGCGCGACCACGGGCAGCCGCCGCUGUCGUCCACCGCCGCGCUCGAGGUGCGGCUGGUGGACGUGGCGCCCGACGUGGCGGGCGGCGCGGGCGGCGGGGAGGCGCCGCGGCCGGGGCGCGCGGGCGGCGGCGGCGGCGCGGGGGCCGCGGGGGGCGCGGACGGCGCGCUGGACCUCACGCUCAUCCUCAUCAUCGCGCUGGGCUCCGUGUCCUUCGUCUUCCUGCUGGCCAUGAUCGUGCUGGCCGUGCGCUGCCGCAAGGACAAGAAGCUCAGCGUGCGCUCCUGCCUGGCCGCCGACGGCGGCGCCGCCUGCUGCGCCUGCUGCGGCCGCCAGGCCCGGGCGCGCACCAAGAAGCUGAGCAAGGCGGACAUCAUGCUGGUGCCCAGCGCCGCCGCCUCCGCGCCGGGCCACGCGCCGCCCGCGCCCGCCGACGAGCCCGGGGCCUUCGGCGCCCACCCGCACGCGCAGAACUACUGCUACCAGGUCUGCCUGACCCCCGAGUCCGCCAAGACCGACCUCCUGUUCCUCAAGCCCUGCAGCCCCGCGCGCGCCGCCGACGCCGAGCGCGGGCCCUGCGGCGCCCUGGUGGCGGGCUACGCCGACCCGCAGCCCGACCUGCUGGCCAACGGCGGCCUGCUGUCCACCGAGACGAAACACCAGCGGACGGAGCUCAGCUAUCUAGUCGACAGACCACGCCGGGUUAACAGUUCUGCCUUCCAGGAAGCAGACAUUGUGAGCUCUAAGGACAGUGGCCACGGGGACAGCGAGCAGGGGGACAGUGACCACGACGCCACCAACCGCGGCCAGUCAGCUGGCAUGGACCUCUUCUCCAACUGCACGGAGGAGUGCAAGGCCCUGGGCCACUCCGACCGGUGCUGGAUGCCGUCCUUCGUCCCCUCGGACGGACGCCAGGCCGCGGACUACCGCAGCAACCUGCACGUCCCGGGCAUGGACUCUGUGCCCGACACCGAGGUGUUCGAAGCUCCGGAAGCCCAGCCUGGGGCCGAGCGGUCUUUCUCCACCUUCGGCAAGGAGAAAGCCCUGCACAGCACCCUGGAGAGGAAGGAGCUGGACGGACUGCUGUCCAAUACACGAGCGCCUUACAAACCACCCUAUCUGACACGGAAAAGGAUAUGCUAGUCAAUUCUACAGAACUUACCCGAAGCAGCAUGAUUUGCACAAAGUCAACCAACAAAAGCAUCAACUUUUCAACUUCAUUGUCUUGGCCCUCCACUUAGCUGUGUGUAGCUGAGGUUAGAUCUGCAGCGGCGGCGGCGCGGCCAGUUGUAGAACCCACUGGGUCUCAGCAGGC